AUGAUUUACUCGUUUUAUAUCUACACACGCAAUGGAUCGUGUCUAUACCAAAAGAAAUGGCACGAUGGAAAAAGUGUCAAAUAUUCUGAUCCAGAAGAAGAAAAACGUCUAUUAUUUGGUCUCCUAUUCUCGCUCAAGGAAUUUGUGGGGAAAAUUGCACCCGUGUCUUCAAUGAUGUCGACUACAGACUUGUAUGGGACAACAAAACUUGUGGCAGCGGGCAUACCGGAAGGAAUGCAGAGAUAUCAGACCAAUUCAUACACGUGUCAUCAAUAUGAAACACCAAGUGGUCUGCGGUUUGUGAUGAUGACGGACAACUAUGUGGGGGACAUGACCCCUACACUUAAGUAUAUCUACGGACAGAUUUAUGUGGAGACAGUUGUCAACAAUCCGCUAAGUGACACCAAGAACGGUAAACCAAUUACUAGUCAACUUUUUCGAGCACAAUUUGCCCAGUAUUUGGAAAGCCAGCCAUGCUUUAGAUAG